ACAGCGGCACUGCAUGAGCGCAGCGAACGGUGUUCACAGUUUGCGCCUCCACCCUGCAUCCCCCACUCCCACCAAAGUGACGAACCAAGCGGAGCAAGAUGCCUGCAGAAACGCGCUUUGUGUUCUCCGCUCGCUUUAUUGGAGCCAUGCACAGGGAGACACCAAAACUGAAGAUGUUCAUGAUAUCCGUGCUGUGGUCAGAUGAGAAUGAAGUGAUUGUCUACAGGUCUUAUAAUGAUUUCAAGAACUUUCAUAAGCAAUUGAAGAAGAAGUUUCCCGUCUUCGACCCUUCACAAAAUAACAGCAGAAUGAUCCCAAAAUUUAAAGUGGAGGCUCAAAAAAAGGGCCUCCAGCAAAGUGGAUCAAAACGAUCAAUCCAGAGGAUGAAGGACUUGCAGGGCUACUGCGACAAGCUUCUCAUGUGUCACGAAAUGGUGACCCGCGGUUCAGAGGUCACGCAAUUUUUCACGCCACUCGACCAAGACAUGGUGCCGGACUUCACCAAGAACUGCGUCAUGAUCCUGCUGCCAGAUGAUAGCUCGGCUAGAGGAGGAGGUGGAGGAGGAGGAGGAGGAGGUCGCGUCUGGGGUGGAGGAGUUGGCUCCGUCACUCCCCCGUUUGUCACCGAGACGUACCGCUGCGUGGCUCCGUACGAGACCAAAGACACCAAAAACCGGCCCUUUAAAGUGGCCAAGGAUGAAACACUGGAAGUCCUCAUCAAGGACCCCGCUGGUUGGUGGUUGGUGGAGAAUGAGGACAAGUGCAUUGCCUGGUUUCCUGCUCCCUAUCUGGAAAAAGAGGAAGAUGAUGAGAGAGGACUGCAGCAGCAAGGUGCUUUCUACUGCGCCGUGAGAAAUUACUUCACCAAGAAGGCUGACGAGGUGUCUGUGCCCAUUGGUUCAGUGGUGGAGGUGCUUAGGAUGUCCGAUGACGGCUGGUGGCUCACCAGAUUCAACGACAAGGUGGGCUAUGUCCCCUCCAUGUACCUGCAGCCCUACAACAACCCUUGUACUGGACUUUUAAGUUUACAGAAAAAACUGAAUAGAUCCACCCACAACCUGACCAUCAGCGGGUUACCUCUGGAUGCUCGUUCUCCAGCCGAGCUCGCCAGGGAAACCCAUCCUGGUCAAAGUUUUGCACUCCAGCCCGGAGCUCAGUCUAGCGGGUGCGGCUAUGUGGCCAAAGCCAGAUUUAUGGAGCUUCUGUCAGAGACCCAAACUGUGCCUGCCCAGGUCGAGGUCAAUGACACCCGUUUAGAAAGCCGCGUUCGCAGCAUCAGCACAAGCUCAAGCAUAGACACCAGCGUCUCCUCGGUCAGUAGUUCGUCUUCAACUUCGAGCGCAGACGCAUUCGUACCCUUCCCUCAACAGAGCGUCAGCCCGAGUGAGCGCAGUCACCAGGAACGUCGCAACUCCAGCGCCAGUUAUCUGAGUUCCGGGAGUUCUGAGAGCUUCAGUUCCAGAGGCAGCGACACAGGCCCGGUUCCUCCGACGGUCCCACCCAGACCCAAGAAGGAGGAGAUUCUUAACCGGUGCUCCUCCGUGACUCGCAAAGCUGCUCUGGAGAGCAAAACCCAACUCCAGAGAUGGCCCGAUUCAACCAUCCACUCUCGCUUGUAGGAACACAUUCCAAAUACUACACAUUGGAGUCUUCAUGAUUUACUCACGCUAGUUCGCAUUCACACUUUCUUUUUUUUUUUUUUUUUUUUUUAAUUUCC